AAUAGCCGCGAUGACAGCCUCCACUAACGUCCAAAUCCACUCCAACCGCCAACCGCCCUCGUCCGUUCUCGGAAUAUACCAUCUCCACGAUCUUUCCCAUGACUGGCCCAUGAAAAUCAGACGACCUUACCUUAGCUCUACCGCCCUUUUCCAUUCCAGCUUAUCGGAGCUUCCAGACGCUUUCGAUAAGAGGGAAGCUUAAAGAAUAAGGACCCCUCUGCCCCUCAUUGUGUCACCAUCCAUCAAAUCCUAUAUAUUUUUCACAAGAUACCCGCCACUUCAACUCUUAUUCUUUCUUCAUACAACGAUUUCUUCUUUCUUCUUUCUUCAAAACCUAACUUUUAAAUAUUCACAAUGGGUCGUCUCGCUGGAAAGAACGCCGUCAUCACUGGCGCUGGAGGUGGCAUCGGUCUUGAGACCUCCAUUCUCUUCGCCAAGGAGGGCGCUUCCAUCCUCAUGUCCGACAUCUCUCAACCUGCUCUCGAAAAGGCCGCCGCAAAGGUCAAGCAGCUCGUGCCCGAUGCUCCCCGCGUUGAGAUUCUCAAAGUCGACGUCUCAAAGGAAUCAGAGGUCCAAGCCAUGAUCGAAUCCCUCGACUCCUGGGGUGGCAUUGACGUCCUCUUCAACAACGCCGGCAUCAUGCACGCCCAAGACGACGACGCCGUCAACACCCCCGAGAACAUCUGGGACCUGACCCAAAACAUCAACGUCAAGGGCGUCUGGUUCGGCUGCAAGCAUGCCGUCCUCUCGCUCCGCCGCAACAAGAAGACCAAGGCCUCCAUCAUCAACACUGCCUCCGUCGUCGCCCUCGUCGGCGCCGCGACCCCCCAGCUUGCCUACACCGCCAGCAAGGGCGCUGUCCUCGCGCUCACUCGCGAACUCGCCAUGGUUCACGCCCGCGAGGGUUUCAGGUUCAACAACCUCUGCCCUGCGCCGCUUAACACACCGCUCCUGCAGGAUUGGCUCGGUGAUGAUAAGGAGAAGCGUCAUAGACGUGAGGUUCACUUCCCCAUGGGGCGGUUUGGUGAGGCUGUUGAGCAGGCGCAGGCUGUUUUGUUCUUGGCUAGUGAUGAGUCCAGCUUUGUCAACGGGCAUGAUUUUGCGGUUGAUGGUGGUAUGACCAAGUGCUAUGUUACUGCCGAGGGACCUGCGCAUCCUCCUCCCCAGAACAAUGCUAGCAAGGACUCGUUGUAAGGGGUGAAGAGAGGGAGAGAAUAAGCUGGAAGGAUAUCUGUAGUAACGAUUAGUAUGAUUCAAUAAUGAAAUAAAUUGUCACAUCACAAACA